AGAGCCAUAAAACUAGAAGAACCACAUAAUUGAGUGGUGAGAGCCUGAGGCUAGGUUGCCGGCCAAGCGUUCUGCCUUAAACUCUGUUUGAUCUUCUGGCAAGGAUUUGGCAUGGCUGCCUCGGUUUCCUUUGCGUAAAAAUGAGAGAAUGAUUCAGCCUGUGUCACGGGGCUGUAAAGAGCAAACGGGAUAGUAAGUGAGAUGCUGCUUUGGAAGCUAAAAAGCACAUUUAACCCAUGGCACUGUUGUGAUUAAAAAGGACAUAAGGGGGCUUCCCUGGUGGCGCAGUGGUUGAGAGUCCACCUGCCGAUGCAGGGGACGCGGGUUCGUGCCCCGGUCCGGGAGGAUCCCACAUGCCGCGGAGCGGCUGGGCCCGUGAGCCAUGGCCGCUGAGCCUGCGCGUCCGGAGCCUGUGCUCCGCAGCGGGAGAGGCCACAACGGUGAGAGGCUCGCAUACCGCAAAAAAAAAAAAGACAUAAGGAAAGUCAAAAGGCAAGUCCCAGUGACGGCAGGAGUUAGAGGGGUUGUGAGUUUCCGCCCAUCAGAGCUGGAUCCACCCAGGGAACCAGAGUCAGGGCUUCUAGAUGGUGUGACCCUCCCCUGCCCAGCUGGCACGCUUCUCCAGGAGGGGCUGGUGGAGAAACCAGUGGGACCCACACAUGUGGCUCCUGUGCCCCCCGUACCUGCUCUGACCCCUCUUCGGAUCCUGAUUAACACAGAGAAUAGGGACAGAGAAAUGGCCAUCGGGAGUCCCAGCGCUGCCUCUGACUUGUUUGGACAAAUCACCUCGGGACUUCAGACUUCUUUCUCCAUCGAUUACAUGAACAGAUUAGACUAGGUUUCUAAGGACUUUCUAGCUCGAAAAUGCAGAUUUGAAUUCUUCUCUAGACACUCUUGAUCCUGCCUUGUUUCCCAGCAACCAAAUACAAAACUUCAUUCGUGCCUACGGCACCCACGUGUGCAGGUCCACAUGUGAGUGCACACACAGACGUGUACAUAUCCACAAGAAUGGAGGCAGAGAGGACGGGCUGAGGGGACAGAGAGAAAAGGCGAGUGGCAGAUCCUUGGGGCCCAGAGGGAGCCCUGAGGGAAGAUCAAUGAUUUAUUUACUCUAUAGAAAGUGUGCUAGGUUUUAUGCCAGAAAUCCUAUAGUAGCAUUUCUACCAGUCCAUUACUGAACCAUACCGUUCAAUUUUAUAACUGUCAAGCAAAAUAAGACAUUCUAAAUUCCAGAAACACCUUUCAUAUCAUUAUAAUUUCAGAUCUGCUCUCUAAUUUCUUUUAUUAAGUCUUUUAUUAAAUACUUAAUCAGUGGGUGCUUGAAAGGCUUCACCUUUUGUUUCUUAGUUGAGUAUUUAAUGAUUUAUAAGAAAACACACAGAGGGAAUUUCUUACUCUAUUUAAUGUGAAAAAUACUUUCCUAAAAAGGUUAUGAAUAAUUAUACCUCAAGGUCAGGGUUUCGCUACCUUGGCACUUUUGACGUGUUGGGCAGAUGAUUUUCUGUUACGGGAGCUUGCCUUGUGUAAGAAUCUUAGCAGCAUCCCCGCCCUCUGCCCGCUAGAUGCCAGUAGCACCCCUCCCUGCAGUCAUGACAACCAAAGAUGUCUCCAGACGUUGCCCAGUUCCUUGGGAGGCGGCAGGGGACCACCGCUGGUUAAGGACCACUGCUCUAAAUCACUGUUUGAAGGAAAGUGCCAGAAUCAAAGGGCUUUGCCGAGGUCUAAAGAGGCGAGCAUCCAGGGCUGAGAGUCCGCCUGCCGACGCGAGGGACGCGGGUUCGUGCCCCGGUCCGGGAGGAUCCCACAUGCCGCGGAGCGGCUGGGCCCGUGAGCCAUGGCCGCUGCGCCUGCGCGUCCGGAGCCUGUGCUCCGCAACGGGAGAGGCCGCAACAGUGAGAGGCCCGCGUACCGCAAAAAAAGAAAAAAAAAAAGCGAGCAUCACACAACAGGAGGAAAAUCUGCCAGCUUCUACGUGUCAGCCUCCUCCGCAAAUAUGAGGAAGGAAUUCCUUGUACCCUUAGUCCAUGAAAACAAAGCUUAUCUUGGAGAGUAAUCGCAAGGCUUUGAGUGAAGCUCAAACAGGGUCCCUCCAGAGGUCAAUAGGUCAGGAGGUGAAUGAGCAUUUUAACUGAAACUCCUCCCUCUAUAAGCCAGGUGCACAGAUCACACACACACCCUGGUCACAGCACCCAGGGGAAAGGAAGGCAGUUCCUGACAUUCUCCCACGCAAGCUAAAGGGGGAAGAAGUUGCUUUGGGUUAACUAACGGGUCAGAGAAAGAGAGAUCAGGCGGCGCUUCCCCCCCUCCCCCGACGGCCCCACCUCUCUGGAUGAGGACCCUUGGAAUUCGUUGCCACCGAGGGGUAUGACAGACCUGGCUCCACAAGCGGACCUGCUCCCCUCCCUUGUAGGAUCUGGGAGUCUCCUCUCCUCACAGCUGCCAAAGAGAACGAUAUCCAGGCUCUCGUCAAGCUGCUCAAAUAUGAAGCCUGCGAUGUCCACCAGAAAGGAGCCCUGGGGGAGACGGCGCUGCACGUGGCGGCCCUCUAUGACCACCUGGAGGCCGCCAUCGUGCUGAUGGAGGCCGCCCCGGAGCUGGUCGACGAGCCCAUUACCUCUGAGCUGUAUGAAGGUCAGACGGCACUGCACAUGGCCAUCAUGAACCAGAACGUGAACUUGGUGAAAGCCCUGCUCGCCCACGGGGCCAGCGUCUCUGCAAGGGCGGUAGGCUCAGCCUUCUGCCUCAGUCCCCACAACCUCCUCUACUUUGGGGAGCACCCUUUGUCCUUUGCGGCCUGCAUGGGCAGCGAGGAGACCGUGAGGCUGCUCAUUGAGCACGGCGCUGACAUCCGGGCCCAGGACUCCCUGGGAAACACAGUGUUGCACAUCCUCGUCCUCCAGCCCAGCAAAACCUUUGCCUGCCAGAUGUACAACCUGCUGCUGUCCUACGACGGGCACCGGGACCACCUGCAGUCCCUGGACCUCGUGCCCAAUCACCAGGGCCUCACCCCCUUCAAGCUGGCUGGAGUGGAGGGCAACACCACGAUGUUCCAGCACCUGAUGCAGAAGCGGAAGCACAUCCAGUGGACGUGCGGGCCGCUGACCUCCACUCUCUACGACCUCACAGAGAUCGACUCCUCAGGGGAGGAGCAGUCCCUGCUGGAGCUGAUCGUCACCUCCAAGAAGCGGGAGGCUCGCCAGAUCCUGGACCAGACGCCAGUGAAGGAGCUGGUGAACCUCAAGUGGAAGAGAUAUGGGUGGCCAUACUUCUGCGUGCUGGCUGCCAUAUACCUGCUGUACCUGGUCUGCUUUACCACGUGCUGUGUCUACCGCCCCCUCAAUCCCAGGACCCACAACCAAACUGACCCCCGGGACAAUACCGUCCUACAGCAGAAGCUACUUCAGGAGGCCUAUGUGACCCCCGAGGAUCACCUCCGACUGGUGGGGGAGCUGGUGUCCGUCUUCGGAGCUGUGAUCAUUCUGCUCAUAGAGAUUCCAGACAUCUUCCGCGUGGGGGUCACUCGCUUCUUUGGACAGACCAUCCUUGGAGGACCGUUCCACGUGCUCUUCAUCACCUAUGCCUGCAUGGUGCUGGUAACCAUGGUGAUGAGGCUCACCAACACCAACGGGGAGGUGGUACCCAUGUCCUUCGCCCUGGUGCUGGGCUGGUGCAACGUCAUGUACUUUGCCCGAGGAUUCCAGAUGCUGGGCCCCUUCACCGUCAUGAUCCAGAAGAUGAUUUUUGGCGAUCUGAUGAGGUUCUGCUGGCUGAUGGCUGUGGUCAUCCUGGGCUUUGCCUCAGCCUUCUUUAUCAUCUUCCAGACAGAGGACCCUAACGAGCUGGGCCAUUUCUACAGUUACCCCAUGGCGCUGUUCAGCACCUUCGAGCUGUUCCUCACCAUCAUUGAUGGCCCUGCCAACUACACCGUGGAUCUGCCCUUCAUGUACAGCGUCACCUACGCUGCCUUCGCCAUCAUUGCCGCCCUUCUCAUGCUCAACCUCCUCAUCGCUAUGAUGGGUGACACUCACUGGCGCGUGGCCCACGAGCGGGACGAGCUCUGGAGGGCCCAGGUCGUGGCCACCACAGUGAUGCUGGAAAAGAAGCUGCCUCGCUGCCUGUGGCCUCGCUCCGGGAUCUGCGGGCGCAAGUUCGGGCUGGGGGACCGUUGGUUCCUGCGGGUGGAAGACAGACAGGAUCUCAACCGGCAGCGCGUCCGGCGCUAUGCGCAGGCCUUCUGCAACCCAGGCUCCGAAGAUGACAUGGAAGGACGGGGGCUGGGUGGCCCCCACCUGUCCCUUCCUGCCCCCUCAGUGUCUCGAAGUACUUCCCGCAGCAGCACGAACUGGGAGAGGCUGCGGGAAGCGACCCGGAGAGAGGGGAGGGGGACGAUGACCAUGGCUCUGGAGGACGGGCAGUGCUGGGAGUACCAGAUCUGAGUGUCUCCGCCCACACUGGUGCCCAGCAGCAUCAAGAAGCAAAGCCUAGACCUCUCAUCUGCCAGGUCCAGAGGGCAGAACACAAUAAAGGGAAACCAAGGAGCAGGCCCACACCUCAUGGGAAGCACAGGGCCCAGCGCGAAUAAGGACCCAGCUUCAACCACCCUGGCGGCUGCACUCUCUGAGCCAAGCACUUUAAGAAAGGCUUGCUGCCUCGGGCACUGGUCUCCACCCCGGUGUCACAGCUGCAGACAGUGGAGGAGGCUGGGGAAAGGUGUAAUGAGGGAAUGGGUACCGCCUGGUGGGGAAGCCACCUCCUACCUUCCAAUAAAGUCCUUCCUGCUGUCCUUGUGCACCCUCCUCUGCGGUGUGGUCUUCCUGGCCCUGCCUCUCUGCUCCAAGGC